CGGCGCGGCGACGCGCGGAGAAAGGGCUGCCCCACGUGGAAAGAGAAGCAUGGAGGCGAAGAUAGAAGCGGCGGCGCUGCCUUUGGACCAAAGCCAGAUCAAAAAAGCCACUCAAGCUUUGCUUGCAUAUAACGCGAAGAAACAGAAGUCCGGAGACAAAGUGCUGUUGGACGUAGAUCAGAAUGUCUUUUUGAUGAUCACCGUCUGGAAAAUUCCACCAAAUGAGCAAGUAAUCAAAAUAAACCUGCCCCAUAGCAUUCUGCCGGACACCUCGGAGAUUUGCCUCUUUACCAAAGACGAACCUGGCUUAACAGCGGAACAGACCGAGAAUUUAUACAAGAAGUUGUUGGACCGACAUGGAAUCACAUCCAUCACUGAGGUCAUCUCUUACAAAACGCUCAAGACUGAAUACAAGCCCUUUGAAGCGAAACGCCGCCUGCUGAGCCGAUUUGCUCUUUUUCUGUCCGAUGAUCGCAUUCGAAGAUUGCUGCCUUCCCAGAUGGGAAAACAUUUUUAUCUGCGUAAAAAGGCGCCUCUCUCUGUGGACUUGAAAGCCAAGGACCUAGCUAAGGAAAUCAACAAACGCAUCCACGGAACGGUUCUCCCAGUCACUAACAAGGGCAGUUGCUACAUGGUUCGUAUUGGGCACACCAGCAUGGAUGCCUCAGAGAUCACUGAGAAUGUUGUAGCAGCUGCCAAAGCAAUAGCUGACAAAGCUCCACAGAUCUGGAAAAGCGUGAAAGUUCUUCACCUCAAAACCAGCAAAUCAAUUGCACUUCCUGUCUUCCACUCUGCUCUCCAGGGGCAGGUUGGUGCUCAGAAAAAGAAAAGCGCUGAAAACCAACAGACACUGCAAAGAAAGAAAAAGAAAAGUAAGGAUAAACCGAAGACCACGGAUCAGGCGGGCACAAAAAGCGACACGAGUGGAGCUCCCGAAGCCGACGUGCCUAAAACAGACGGGGUGGAAGCCCCCGCCCAGAAAUCAAAAGAGGAGGAGGAGGAAGAGAUCCCACAACUGGUUCCUAUUGAAACUCAGCCCUCUGAGAAAAAAGAACAGGUGGUCAAGCUGAAGUUGGGUGCAGAAACACAGCUGGAGACCAGCUCUCCAAAACUCCGUAGCAAAAGGAAGGCCGGUCUGUCGCCAGAGAUUCCUGUUUCGCAGCCAGAAACACCCGGAGAGGCCUCGGCCUUAGAGAAAUCAAACCAACGGAGGUCUGGUCGAAAACCCAAGGUGCCCAAGCAAGAGUUUUUGGAAAAGACACAGAACAAAGAUGCCCAGCAGCCCUUGGCAAAACCAACUGUGGCCCCCAAAAGGCUAAAAACUCCUAAAUCAGACAAGAAGUCUAAAACUCCCAAACGGGAACUGAGAAAAAUGAAAGUGCCACUGUCCCUCUGAGCAGAGGAAGAAGAAAAUGGGCUCUUUUUAUAUCAAGAUCAAAGGAAGGCUGGCGGAGAAGAGGUUUAUUCAAUGCUGAUUCACUUGUAAAAACAUCCCGUAUUUUGUUUUUCAUUGUAAGAAUAAAACAAUGUCCUAUUUUA